UCUCUCACUGACUCUCUCUGCAAUGAGGCUCUGACUUCCAGGACUGGAAGGGAAUGUAAAAACCCAUGUAAAAUGGCCAAAGAGACCUUCCCCUACACGGCGACCACCCUACGAGCCCUGCAACAGCAGCGAGAACAGCUGGAGGACGAAGAACGGAGAAGGGCGGUGAGAAGUCAGUGUCUGACCCGAAGGUUGUUGGCUGACAGCCGGCCCUCGAACCCACCUGCCAACCGAAGACGCCAAUAUUGCCGGGAUAUUGCCAUUCAUAAUGCCCUAUACACAGGAGACGUGGAUAGGAUUAAAGGGAUAUUCAAAGAAGAUGGUUCAGCGGAAGUGGUGGUGGAGACAGUCAGCGAGGAGCUCCAGUGGUCCCCGGAAAUGGGCCUCUUUUCAUUGAUACCUAAGAAGUCACACACCAGUCCUCUGCGUAUCACUGCCGGUCGGGGUUAUUCGGAAUGUGUACGUCACUUGAUAUGCCGUGGAGCAAACCCCAACACUCUAGCAGGUGGACGUGGUGCCCUUCAUGACUCCUGUGAGGGCCGCCAUACCGAGUGUACUCAACUGUUACUGAGUCGGGGAGCUGACCCCAAUCUACAGAGUGAAGAUGGCCAAGCGCCCCUCCACCUAUGUACCACCAAGGAAACACUGGAGUGUGCAAAAUUGCUUUUGGGAUACGGGGCCCUGGUCAGCCUUCCCUGCCAUUACACCCGUGCCACGCCGCUACAUGUGGCUUCUGUACGAGGCCUGGAAGAACAUGUGGCCUUAUAUCUGAGCCUUGGUGCUGACCCGUGUGCCCGCAAUCGCGAGGGUGAGACACCUCUGAAUGCAGCCUGCGCUGCUUGCGAUUCCCCUCACCAAUACGCUCGCUAUUUGAGGGUGGCAGAAAUGCUCCUGAAAGCCGGAGGGGAUGCCAGGAUGCCAGGGAAGAAGGGCCACGGACCCCUGCACAAUGCCAGUUCCAAUUGCCACCUAAAGCUGGUACAGAUGCUGCUGGACCAUGGGGCAUCUGUCAAUGUGACCAAUAGUGCUGGUUACACGCCUCUGGACUGUGCUUUGCAGGUGUGCACAGAUUAUCCUGAUGAAGAUCUCCAUCACUUGGUGCAGACGCUACUCAAUCACGGCGCAGCGCCCCCUAAUGUCAAGAUGUGGCGAUGCUGUGCCGCUUCACCUCUGGCCUUUGAGAUCCUUCUCAACUCGUAUGACCGAAUACCAGCAGGGGAUUUCUGGGUAGAAGCGGUGCCCCCGGAAGUAAGGGAGGAACAUCUCGCAUUUUACGAGUCCGUCCAGCAAGUGGCAAAUCAGCCUCGUCGUCUCCAGCACCUCGCACGUUGCGCUGUGAGGAAACUAUAUAAUGGGCAGUGCCACCGGGCAAUUCCAGACCUAGGACUACCGGCUACCCUCACUGCAUACCUCCUGCUGUUUCCAGAGGGAAUCAUCCACUAAACUUUGUAAACUAGGAACAACUGCACAGUGAACUGUCCACAAGAUGGCACUGGUGUGUCCAAAAGAAAAACUUACUGUAUACUGGGAUGGCAAAAAGCCCAGGAAUAUUCAGCUUCUGUAUGACCGGAAUAGAGGCUUUCUUAUGCCAUCUCUAAUGCAUGUAGUAAAGGGUGAAAAAGGGGACUUAAAGGAGUACUCCAGUGGAAACU